GUGUUGUCCGAAAUAAUUUAGCUUUCCCUUGGCGUUCCCAAAAUGGGUUGCCCUCCCCCACCCGGUCGAGGCUUUUACGCCAAGGUUCAGUACGAGGCCACAAACAGAAAAAAUGGCGGAAGGAAAGGGUGCUAAGGACACGGACGACAUUAUUCCAAUUCGCCCUAAUUUCAAAAGGAAGAUCGGAUCAGUUGAUGGAAAUCAGAUAAAACCUUAUGGAAACAAAAUCAAAGUAAAUGAUAGGAAAGCUACAACAGAGGAAGUUGAAAAAAUAAGAUUUGAAAAUGGAAUUGAAGUCGAUACUGAUAACUGUCCUGGUCCUAUUUUGGGGUUCGAGGAGUCGAAUUUGCAGACAGAAAUAAUCGAAGUUCUAAAACAUCGCAGUAUAUUGAUACCAACACCAGUGCAGAUGCAAUCUCUCCCAAUCCAACUAUUAGGCAGGGAUUUAAUUGCAAUAGCUCCCACUGGCUCUGGAAAAACUCUUGGGUACCUUCUGCCAAUGUUUGCCUUUCUUAAAAGCAACACAGCUAAAAUCACGAGCAGAAACAAUACAUCCUCACUUAUUGUUGUUCCGACAAGAGAGCUUAUGCAGCAAGUAUUGGAUACUUGUGAAAGCUUUCUGGGUGAUUUAAACAAAGGAAAUAUUUCACAGGAAAGAUUUGUUACUCAUUCGCAUACUCAAAGACAAAAUCAAGACCAAUUGAAUUUCAUAUCAACUUACCAGAAUCCAGUGAAUCAGUUUUCUUGGAACCCUCCAUCUCAGAAUACAGGUUCACAAUAUCCAAAUGCAGAUUAUGGCACUAGGCAGCCAUUUUUCCACACAACACAGACUGACUUGAAAAACAUAGACUCAGCAACAGGCUAUUGUGUGUAUGGGAUUUGUGGAGGGGUGCCAAUGAAGCCACAAAUUGAAAGACUAAAAAGCAGAGUUGAUGUAAUAGUUGCAACACCUGGAAGACUUCUUGACUUAUGUCAAAGAAAUUUGCUCUGCCUUAAAAGUGUAAGGUAUAUAGUUUUAGAUGAAUGUGACAAGAUGUUAGAUAUGGACCUUGAAGACCAAUUGAGAAAAUUAAUGGCCAUGGUAAUGUCAAAUGAAAUGCCUCAACAGACAAGUCUAUGGUCUGCCACCCUUCCUUCGUCACUUGAGAGACUAGCAAGAUCAUCUGUUAUCAACCCAAUCACAAUUAAUGUGGGUUUGAAAGAUACUGUUUGUAAGAAUAUAGAACAGAAUGUGAUUUUCAUGCACACUUAUCAAAAAGAGAAAAAGCUGCUUCAGACUAUACGCCAGACCAAAUACCCACCAGUGCUUAUAUUUGUAUCAUCAAUCACAAUGGCUGAUGAAAUUGCACAACUUCUGAAAGAGGAAGAAUUCUUUGUUGAAAGAUUGCACUCCCAACUUAACCAAAACAACCGUUUCAAAAUAUUAUCUGAUUUUAGAAAUGGCGAGUUAGAUGUGUUAGUAGGAACAGACUUGGCUAGUAGAGGACUAGAUAUACCUGACAUUACACAUGUAAUAAAUUAUGAUACACCAAACAGUAUUGAGGAUUAUAUUCAUAGAUGUGGUAGAACAGGAAGGUUUGGCCGACACGGGAAGGCAACAACAUUUCUCACAUUAGAGUGCAAAAUAGCUGAAGAGUUGAAACUAUUGCUUGAAUCAACUGGAUCAACUGUUCCUAUGGCAUUAAAGGACACAAAACAGUUUGGAAAAACGGUUUUGAAAACAGAAUUAGGGGAUAGAUUGUUAUGAAUUAGGGUUGUAGAUUUUAACUUCCUGAUGUUUUAUUUUUUUAUGUUACCAGAGCCUUUAUGAAAACAGGCUGAUGAAGGCA